GGACGGGGCUGCGGCGCGAAGGGCGGCGGGGCGGCCCCGGGCUGCACCCGCGGAGGGACCGUGUCGCGGCCCGCCCGCUUCCUGGUGGCCGCGCUCCGCGUCCCUGGCGGCGUCUGCCAAGACAAAAGAAUUAUGAGUGGAAAAAGAAGUAAUACAAAAUGUGCUACAUUUAAUGCCUGAUUUUAGCUUCCCCACUGCUUGCCUUCUGUGAAAGGUGGUAUCUCACAGAAUCACAGAAUUCACAGAAUCCUCCUAUCAUAAAAAUGUAGGAAGAUGUGGCCAGACGAGUUACCUAAGUCCCUAGUGCAUGUAAAAGUGAAGACCAAGCUGGACAGAAGGAGGGCAGGAUAAAUGGUGAGCUGUUAAAUCUGAAUUCCACCCUGUUGCUCUUGCCAGUGCGUCAGAGAGGCUCAUCCCAUGGUGCCUGACAGAAGGACUGCAGGUGACAUAGUUAUCCUUUUACUUUGACUGAAGGGGAACCCUGUCCUCAGCUGAGAAUACACCAGUACUCUCUGAGAGUUCAAAUGAUCUCUUCUGUGUCUGUGAGAGAUGUUAUAUUUUCAGGAAAAAUAAUGGCUUUCAUACUAGAAAUGAACAAAAACACAGAAAUUGGAGGAAUUCUUGUGUUCCAGAGCUGCCUUCUGUUUUGUGAUCCAUAUGAAGGAGUAUAGAGCAAAAGGCCUUUUAAUGCUUCAGAACUUAAAGUGAGCUCCUACGCUGUUGUAGAUUGUGAUCAAGCAAGAAAGGAAGUCAGUGUCCGCACUGGAGGAGUGACAGAUAAGUCAUCAAGAAAGACUUACACAUUUGAUAUGGUUUUUGGAGCUCAGGCAAAGCAGAUUGAUGUGUACCGGAGUGUUGUGUGUCCCAUUUUGGAUGAAGUUAUUAUGGGCUACAACUGUACAGUGUUUGCUUAUGGCCAAACUGGUACUGGUAAGACCUUCACAAUGGAAGGGGAGCGGUCACCCAAUGAAGAAUAUACUUGGGAAGAGGAUCCACUAGCAGGUAUCAUACCCCGUACAUUGCAUCAAAUAUUUGAAAAACUCACAGAGAAUGGGACUGAAUUUUCAGUGAAAGUCUCUCUUUUGGAAAUCUAUAAUGAGGAGCUUUUUGAUCUUUUGAAUCCUACUCCUGAUGUUGGAGAAAGACUGCAGAUGUUUGAUGAUCCUCGAAACAAGAGGGGUGUAAUUAUUAAAGGCUUGGAAGAAGUAACUGUACACAACAAAAAUCAAGUUUACCAAAUCCUGGAAAGGGGUGCAGCCAAAAGAACAACUGCAGCUACUUACAUGAAUGCAUAUUCCAGCCGUUCCCACUCUGUGUUUUCAAUUACCAUCCAUAUGAAAGAAACAACAGUAGAUGGAGAAGAACUUGUUAAAAUUGGAAAGCUAAACUUGGUUGAUCUUGCAGGAAGUGAAAACAUUGGUCGAUCUGGGGCUGUUGACAAAAGAGCUCGUGAAGCUGGAAAUAUCAACCAAUCUCUGCUGACACUGGGAAGAGUUAUUACUGCUCUAGUGGAAAGAGCCCCUCACAUUCCGUACAGGGAAUCUAAACUCACAAGAAUCCUUCAAGACUCUCUUGGAGGACGGACAAAAACAUCAAUAAUUGCCACAAUUUCACCUGCGUCUGUAAAUCUUGAGGAAACAUUGAGUACACUGGAGUAUGCCCAUAGAGCAAAGAACAUCAUGAACAAGCCUGAAGUUAAUCAGAAGCUAACAAAAAAAGCUCUUAUUAAGGAAUACACUGAAGAAAUUGAGCGUCUGAAGCGAGACCUUGCUGCUGCUCGAGAGAAAAAUGGAGUCUAUAUUUCUGUUGAAAACUAUGAAGCCCUUAAUGGAAAGGUGACAGUUCAGGAAGAACAAAUUAGAGAGUAUGUUGACAAAAUCAGUGUCAUGGAGGAAGAACUGAAAAGGGUCACUGAACUAUUCAGAGCCAGUAAAAAUGAACUUGAACAGUGUAAAACAGAUUUGCAGAUCAAGGAGAAAGAACUGGAAGAAACACAAAAAGAUCUCCAAGAAACCAAGGUUCAGCUGGCUGAAGAAGAAUAUGUGGUUUCAGUUUUGGAAAAUACUGAACAAGAACUUCAUGGCACAGCUAGCCAGUUACUAAGUACAGUUGAAGAAACUACAAGAGAUGUGUCUGGGCUCCAUGCGAAACUGGACCGCAAGAGGGCUGUUGAUCAGCACAAUGCUGUUGUCCAAAAUACAUUUGCAGGACAAAUGAAUGCUUCAUUCAGCAAAAUACAAGAUUCAAUUACUGAAAACAGUUUGAAGCAGCAACAGAUGUUGACAUAUUACACAAAUUUUAUAGGUGACCUCCUGUCUACCAGUUCUUCUACAGCAGAUAUUCUUGCAUCAGUUGUAUCAGCAUCUUUUGCCUCUCUUAAAGAAUUGGUGUCUACUGAAGUUUCUCACAUGUCUGAAAAAAUAACACAGCAUGAGAAUCUGUCACUUGAUUGUAAAGCAGAGCUACUGAGAUUAAUUGAAGAGCAUGAAACUGGAUUAGGAAGAGCAGUCAAUAGCUUGACACCAAUGGUAGAAUUUGUCUUGGGGUUAAAUUGUCAGUUCCAGAGUAACAUGAAGAAAUACUCUGCUGUGGCUGACCAGUUGGAGGGCCAUAAAAAGGAAAUGGAUACCUUCUUUGGAGACCUUUUUCUCACUCUGAAAAAAAUACAGGAACAAACAGCCGGUGGCUUUGCUCAGCUCCAGCAUAAUUGUGACAGUUUAAAAGAAGAAGUGGAAAUGACGAGGUUGGCACAUAGAAAGAGUGCAGCUGAAUUGGUGUCUUUACUGCAAAGCCAGCUUGACCUUUUUGCUCGGGAGACUCAGAACAACUUAACUGAUGUACUCACAAGACAUGGAAGCCUGAAGACCACCAUCACUGCUAUGCAAGAAAACGUUCACCUGAGAACUACAGACUUAGUCAGCAGUACAAAUUCCAAUCACAGCAAAUUUACUGCAUCUCUGGAUAAUUUCUCUCAAGAGCUCAGGAGCAUAAAUGCUGAAAACAAGGCAAUGCUGGAAGAAUCCAAUGACCACUGUCAGCAUCUUCUCAGCAAUCUCAAAAAUGUGUCUGAGCAUACCAAUACAUGGUGUGAAUUUACAACUGCUCAGAUGGUCAACUUUACUAAUCAGCACCUGUUGUCAUUCCAGGACGAGAAACAGCAAUUUCAGUAUUUACAAAAGAAAAAUGAAGAAAACUGUGAUAAAGCAAUAGCUGAAAUUGCUGACCACAUUGGCAGACAAAAGGCUGCUGAGGGGAAGGUGCUAAAUGGCCUUCUGGAUGAGAUAAAGGUGGAUCAGGAGGUACUUGUGGAGCAGAAGCUGGCACUUAAGGAAGAAGUACAGCAUGGACUAACUCAGGUUAAUGGUUUCCUGCAAGAGGAUCUCAAAGUGGAUGUUCCAACAGGGACGACUCCACAGAGAAAGGACUACUUCUAUCCUGUCACGCUUGUGAGAACAGAGCCCCGGCAGCUCCUUCUGGAGCAACUAAGGCAAAAGCAACCAAAUCUUGAUGCUAUGCUAAGCAGUGUGGUAAAGGAGAUGGAGGAUAAUGCAGGUCAGGACCUGUUGGAAGAGGAAGGAGAGUUGCAAGAACCCAGUGAAAGCCCUGCUGGUGACAAAUACUUAAUAGAUACAAAUGUGUAUUGCCACACAAAUGGUGGCAUUCCUUUUUUCCAGCACAAAAGAAGUCUCAAAAAGGGUAAAGAGAACAAAUCUGCAGCUCCAGUGGAGAACAAAAUGGAGGAUAUGACAGAAGAGUUUCUUCAGAAAUCUAAGCAUCCUUUAAGAUUGCUGAACUAGGAUAUAUCCUCUGCAGAUCCCUGUUUUUAUAUGUUGCUAUCUUAUUGUCUUACUGAGCCACAACUUUUUUUUGCAUUCUCCAUGUCUCUAUGUAGUGAUUUAGUGAUGCAAAGUUGAAUCAAAAGAUUUACCUGCUCAAUCUCAUGCCUUGGUUCCAUUUUUAUAUGUUGCAGCUUGCAAAGUUUUGAGAAAAAACCCCCUGCAGAUUAUGGUGCUGUUAUGUUAAAUAUAUAUAUAUGUGGUCAAGUAAGAAAUUACCUGUUUCUCAGUAGAUUUAAAAUAACCAGAAAGGGAUGUGGAAAUAUGCUUUGUCCGGAUUAUGAGUUAGCAUUUUAUGUAUUAAUUAGCUGUAAAUAAGUGCUCUGGUUUUAUACCUGCUUUUUUAUUCCAGUUCCUCUGUUUUUGCUGUGAUACUUCAAAUAAAUUAAUACAUGGAAACAAA